CCCUCUCCAUCCGUCACUUCCGGGUCUAAUCGGACAGGGUUGUGGAAAAAAAUAAGUAGUUGUCAUGAUAUUUACCUAGCCAAUCUACAAAUGACAGACACAUAUCAAAUUAUACAGAGUACAUUACCCAUGUCAGGGCUCAAGAAGAAUUUUCGAGGCUGCUGAGUGACCUGAUCAGGUGGUGUUGGCACCUUUGUGCCAUCUCAUUCCAAGUCCCUGAGGAACUUUAAUACAGGAGAAGAUGAACGGCCUUUCCAUUAGAGAGCUAUGCUGCCUGUUCUGCUGCCCUCCUUGCCCCAGCCGCAUUGCAGCCAAGCUGGCCUUCCUCCCUCCAGAGCCCACCUACUCAAUGCUGCCAGACCCAGAGGCUACAGCUGCGGCAGCAGCCGGGACCGCACCUGGGGGUGCACCCCCCUCUCUGGGGGCUCCGGGCCUGCGCUCCCGGCUGGGUGGCGUAGGGGGAGACAGAGGAGGAGGGGGAGGAGGAGGAGGAGAGGGCAGGUGGAAGCUCCACCUGACAGAGAGGGCAGAGUUCCAGUAUACUCAGAGAGAGCUGGACAUGACGGACGUGUUCCUGACAAGGUCUAGCCGGGGGAACAGGGUGGGCUGCAUGUACAUCCGCUGUGCCCCCAAUGCCAGGUUCACAUUGCUAUUCUCCCAUGGUAAUGCAGUAGACUUGGGUCAGAUGAGUAGCUUCUACAUUGGCCUGGGAACGCGUAUCAACUGUAACAUCUUUUCCUACGACUACUCUGGCUAUGGUGUCAGCACCGGCAAACCCUCAGAGAAGAACCUCUACGCUGACAUAGACGCUGCCUGGCACGCCCUGCGCUCCCGGUAUGGCAUCAGCCCAGAGAACAUCAUCCUGUAUGGGCAAAGUAUUGGCACGGUACCCACGGUAGACCUGGCGUCCAGGUUUGAGUGUGCUGCUGUGGUGCUCCACUCCCCUCUCACCUCUGGCAUGAGGGUGGCCUUCCCCGACACCAAGAAGACCUACUGCUUUGAUGCCUUCCCCAACAUAGAGAAGGUGUCUAAGAUCCCAUCCCCGGUGCUGAUCAUCCACGGUACGGAGGACGAGGUGAUAGACUUCUCCCACGGCCUGGCUCUGUUUGAGCGCUGUCCCAAGGCCGUGGAGCCACUCUGGGUGGAGGGGGCGGGACACAACGACAUAGAGCUCUACAGCCAAUACCUGGAGAGACUACGGCGCUUCAUCAACCAAGACCUGGCUGCAGCACACGCCUGAGAGAGGAGGAGAGGGUGUGUGUGUCUGUGUGUGUUUUAGCUCUGUGUGUGCGUGUGUCUGUAAGGAGCUGUACAAAGUCAUCAACCUACAGUACCUGAAGAGGAGCAUCCAGUAUGCUGUAAAUCUGUGAGUGCGUUGAGGGUAUGUGUGUUGACUCAUGGAAAUGAAUGACCUCUUGAUAUGGACACAACUGUCCGACUUUGGAUACGUGUUCCUUGAGACUUCCUGGGGCUGAAUAUGUGUGCGCACCUACAAACUGUCUUCUCUGUAUACAUACAGGUAACUGACGAAAUAAAGGAAACACCAACAAAGUGUCUUAGUAGGGCGUUGGGCCACCACGAGCCGCCAGAACAGCUUCAAUGCGCCUUGGCAAAGAUUCUACAAGUGUCUGGAACACACAACCACAACCCCUUUUUAAAUGUGUUUUGUCCAAUAUUUGUAUAUUUUUUUAUUCCAGCCCCCGUCCCCGCAGGAGCCCUUUUAACUUUUGGUAGACCGUCAUUGUAAAUAAGGAUUUGUUCUUGACUGACUUGCCUAGUUAAAUUAAAAAGAAAAACUAUGCUUCUUUGAGACCCCUCUUUCAAAGUCACUGAGUUCUCUUCUAGCUAUGGUAGCCCAAAUAAUGGGCAACUGGGCAUUUUUAUCCAACUUUAAGCAUGAUGGGAUGUUAAAUUGUUAAUUAACUCAGGAACCACCGCUGUGUGGAAGAACCUGCUUUCAAAAUACUUUGUGUCCCUCAUUUACUAAAGUGUUUCCUUUCUUUUGGCAGUUACAUGUAUGUAUGUAUGUAUGUAUGUAUGUAUGUAUGUAUGUACAACUCAAGAGUUGAAGAUGCUAUCUGUAUGGACCUGAGUUGACAUCACUCCUCCCUGUGUCUACAGUAGACAGCUGUCUCUCUGCUUUUGUAUUUCUCCCCGUCGCUCUUAAGAGACAUCCUCCCUCUCUGGAUUGCUUUCACCAAUCCAGAGAGGGAGGAGAACUGGCCUUUUUAAGAGUCAUUUGAGAAAUAACAUUUUCUCAUGCCAGUUAUUUUCUGUCCACUUGCCCCUGUCCGCUUGCUAAGAAGUUAAAACAGACUCGCAGGAGAGAAGACUUUCUCAUAUUAUCAGAAGGUCUUCUCUCUUGUGAGUCUGUGUCUUAACUUCUUAGUUUAAGGUUAUGAUAACUGAGUGAGGGCAAGGAAUGAAGAUGUACUGCGGUAUUUAAUCUUACUAUUUGUUUGACUGUUGCCCAUCCAUAUGAUCCAAUGUGUCUGAAGUCUACGGGUAGUGGAGACUUUGAUGUCUCUGAAGCCUUAGAUGAACAUAGAUUUGUAGUCACAAACACAUCUGGAAUCAGGCUAGAAAAUACUAGCAAAAAAACCAAACAAGUUUGUUUUUGUAAGGAGACCUCUGUGUCUGUCUUGAUAGAUUGCAAAUGUGAAUGAAGAACAAUCAAGCCUAUACAACAAAACCGGUUUGAGGGUGUCUUUGGAAAAUCUCUUUUAGUUUUCAGUUUUAGGAACAGUCUUCUCUGUAGCUCUUGAGAAGAUGGUUCAGUUUACUGUUUUGAGGAUGGAGAGAGCAGGACUGAUGAUCAAUUGCAUUGGAUGAUGUCCGCGAAGCCAUCUGAACUCUCAUUUUCUGUCAAAGUAACAUGUUAUUUCAUGCGUCUUACAUUUUACAUCGUACACGUACGCAAUAGUUGUUUCCGUUUGCUGCUACUUAUCUGUAUCAAACACAGGACGACAGACCUUUUCUAUUCCUAAUGGUAAAGAAAUUGUGUUAUAGCGUCUUAUAAAUAUAACACUUUUACUGACUUUCUGAGAUCUGGAAGGAUUACACAUUCCUUAAUUCACACUUAUCCUCAAUCUUUGCUCAUGCAUUUUCUCUCAAAGUAAUAACAUUUUUAUAGUGUAUAGCAGAGCCACAGAUAGACACAGAGUUUAGGGCUUGACUCAAUCCUUAUCACUGAGGUUCAGCGCUGUAGCGCGGUUGAAAUGUGAAGGUUAUUUGCGAUUUGAGCCGACAUAUGCAGUGUUUACCGUGAAUGCGGUACUUGGACGUUUCUAUCGGGCUGUAACGCAGGUCUCCAGCACUACGGAUUGAGUCGAUCCAUUACUCAAACUCUGUUUGAAACGUUGAAUCAUAAUUAGGUUCCAUAACAUAGAUGGAGCCAACAUGAAUGCCAGUUUCAUGAACUGAUGGUAUGAUAUCUGUGGUGUAUAGGAGCUCUUCCAUGGCGACAGAAUGAUUAAUGUCUGAUCCAAGCCGUAAACGAGCUUCUCACUGUUAGUGUGGUGCAGGUUCCACCACAUCAGUCCACAAACAACCACACGGCACAAGCAAGCAUGAUAAGCAGGUCUUAAGUUCAGGACUAUUGUACAAAGCAUCCAAAGUGUAGUUAAAUAUAAUAUGUACAUACAGUGUCUAUUUUAGUAUUGUUGACUAACUGACCCUCCCCCCGGAAAGACCUGAAGCAAGGACUCUAGGAAUGAUCUCGUCAUAGAAUACUGCAGUUACUGUCUAUAAUAGUACCUCUCUAUUGAAGGGACAACAGCUGGUGUAUGCUGAACAACACUACUUAACACUGCAGUCAUCCUGGGUCAAAGUGGCACUUUGUGGGCGGGCUGCUUUUCCAUGAUAAUUUUGAACAAGUAUCUACUCCAUUUUCACUGUAUGCUGUGUGUCACCCAACCUAAGGUGGUGGAAGUUCCUCUGCUUCUUUUGGCCAGGGUUCUAGGCUCACCAGGGUUCUAAGACUUGCCAGGGUUCUAGGAUGAGACUAGACCUGUUCCAGUUUUCAUUAUUGUACCCUAGGUGGUUCUUGCUAAGAAGGUGUCUGAAUAUAAGGGGGGAUAAUUAAUACCAUGGUUCAUUGAGACUUGAGACUGGAUAGAGAAUAGUCUCUCUUGACCUUUAUGAUAAUGAAAGUGAGGUAGCGAUACCUUGACGACUGUAUGCAUGUCUAUUAUUUGUGUUUUGCUGGGCAAAUGUUUGGGUGGGGAAUAUAACUUUGUGUGUGUGAUGCCAGAGGACAAAGUAGAACUCAAGGCAUUGCACGAUAUAGUGCUUUUUAAACUGGGGUAUUGAUUGUUUUUUUAUUACUGCAACUAAAGUAUUGAUUUGAGUUUUGUGCUAGAGUUUGGAUAGGGGAAAAAGCUGGGUGGGGUUAGAACAUGUGGGAGUGGUUUAUAUAUGGAUAUUGUACUUACCUAUUCUAUGUUUGUUAUGAUUUGUAAUUUUAUCUUUGUAAUGACAUGUAAUGACAUUAAUUAAUGGGACUGAACCUUGACCUUUUUAUUGACAAUGGGGAGAAAAAACCAAUAAAGAACAAUUAUGUACAAAAAUAUGAA